AUGGAUGCUACUCGCGUUAGUGACGGCGCAAGAGUGGUAAUGAAGCAAGUCUUCCUCGAGGAAGAUAAUGUACCCCUCCUGGAAUAUUUGAAUUCUCCUGAAAUGCGCGCGGACCCCAGAAAUAAUACGGUUCCCCUCCUCGAAGUAAUACCUGUACCGUCGCAGUACAAAAUGGCCAAGUCACGCGAAUCGGCAGUGCUCCUGGUAAUGCCUCUCCUUUUUCCUUUGAUGAGUUGGAGCUUCCCGUUCCAGCAUGUCAGGGAAAUUGUGGAAGUAAUUGAACAGCUCAUUAAUGGAAUUGUAUUUCUCCACGAACACCGCAUCGCUCACAGGCUUGUUCCCAAUGCUCAUGUUCCACCCGCUCAUUCUGAUGUCUGUUUCCACUAUGUUCGACACUACCUUCAUCCCGACGGCAAAUCCCGGGCAGUCUUCAAGGACCGUUGCCUGGUUGCCCCAGUAAAAUACUAUAUGAUUGAUUACGAGACUGCCGAAUACUUUCCUCCAAACAUUUUAUCCGAGGGACGAUAUGGUCAAAUCAAGACAGUUCCGGAGUGGUCGCUGGACGCACCUUACGACCCUUUUAAACUGGACGUGUACCAACUAGGAUGCCAAGUAAAAGGGUUUGCAGAAGAGUACAAAGGCUUAAAAUUUUUGAAACCACUUUACAUUGCAAUGACACGCGACAACCCUGAUCUCAGGCCUACUGCAGCUGACUCCCUUCGAAAAUUCAAGGAGAUUAUCGACGAGAUGGACCCAGCGUCUUUAAAACGCGAAAUAUGGAUCAAAGGUUUUAAUGCUUCUCAACUCGCUAGACAAAAAGCAGCUAUGGCAUAUUCACCACCCGAAACCCAGCCUGGAAUAUUUAGAUCGAUCAAUCAAAAGCUGUCCAAUGUUUUCGGGUGUCUUUUGUUGAUAAGCUCGAAAGUCAAAGUUGGUGUAGAUAGCUGA